AUGACUUACCUUCGAGUCGGACUCGCGGGCAAGACCUUACAAACUGAACAAGAUAAUCGACAUGAGAAAGGAGAAUAUUCAGAUGAUCUUCCUAUUCCUUCAGACUCGCCUUUUGAUUUGAACAAUCCCGAUCAAGAAGCCCCUUCUAAUGGACAAUCUUUGGAUAGAACUAGUUAUCACCGUGCUGCUAAAUCACAGACCUCUGCAGUGCCUUCACACGGCCUGACUCCUUCUUCGGCAGCCUCUCAAACAUCUAAUCAAACUUUACAGCCACAUUCUUCUGAACCUUCGCUUACACCUCACGAACUUCAAAUGGUUCACCGCUCAAUAUCAACCACCAAGGUGCCUUCCUGGCUAACUCGGGUGCCCAACCAGAUAGGAACUACUCGAAGUGGCACUCCUAAAGCGGCCGAGUGGCUGACCCUUUACACCAUAUAUAUGGUGGUCUCACUAAUCCCAUAUCUUCACAAUUCCGAGCCAAACAGCACAUCUUUCAACAUUCACAAGGCUCUCACACUAGCAACUGGCAUUAUCAACAUUGCAGUCUCACGAACGAUGACAAAUCAAGAUAUCAAUGAUAUUGUUGGUCAGACUAUGAUCAAGCAACAUACCUUGAAAACUAUAUUCACAAACCUCUGCGAAAACACGCCACCAAUCUAUGCUGCACUCAUAGGUGCUCAAACCCUUAUGAAGACCGGUCGGACUCAUUGGAAGCCGUUCACUGUUUCACCUGAAAUAUCAGAAACUCUCAAGCCGGUUUUGAUACAAAUGGGCUUUAUUGAUAUACCCAAACUCGAAUCUGUUUCAAUCUGGAAACAUGCUGGGAAGUCGUACAGUACAUUUACCAAACAUGUAGGAAAUAGCCGCAUUGAAUUCAAAUUCCAAGGAAAAUCGAGUUUCGGUGAAAUUCAGCACAUACUGCGAAUAGCCUCACAUUCAACACCAAUAUUCGUAAUCAAUCCCUUCUCUGCACUCACCCCAGUCGACAAUUUGAAAAGCCCCUUUCAAUCACUUCCUUACCUUCACGCCAGCGUUUUGUACCAACAAUAUCAGCCUUCAGUUGCAAUUCCUAUGAAUUGUCUAUUUGGGCACAUUGCUCUCGUUGAGAAUCCUCCGGGAACAUUGGACAUUUCAUUGCUGACUUUGUAUGUUGUCAGUCUUAGAAGCCUGACUGACAAAGACAAAGCAACUCAGGGCAUAAUGGACAUGACAUCUACACAUACGGAUAUGCCUUCCGCUUGA